AUGUCGCAGCGUGUUGUUAACAUCAGCGGCGAGGGCGAAAUAAUCGACCAGCGCAAUUCACGCGGUCGGUCACCCUCCCCGGUGCCGGACCGUCGGCAACAGCUGCACAAUUCUGCGCAGAUGUUCACCGAUACCUCCUAUCAUUCUCAUUUCUCGCAUGUGCCUGAAAAGACGCCAGAGGCCGCAGCCAUCUUCGCAGAGCCUGCUCCUCCCCUCCAGCCGCGUGUCCCCAUGAAGAACCCCCUUAAAGGAAAGUCUUUAGGCAUUUUCCCUCCGGACCACCCGAUACGAACCAAGUUAUGCGACUUGUUGGUGCACCCAUUCACCGAGCCGUUCAUUCUCAUCCUCAUCAUCUGCCAAGCUGUUCUACUGGCAAUAGAAUCUGCACCGGAUGUCUUCACCCACCCCCGCCCUGACCGAUGGGGUAUCACGUGGAUUGACUGGGCAAUGUUAGUACUGUUUGCCAUCUUCACUCUCGAGUUGAUUGCUCGCAUUCUGGUUUCCGGCUUCAUCUUGAAUGCUUCGGAAUACAGCACAAUCGAUCGAAAACGGGGAGUAAGAGCGGCCGUCGUGGACCAGUACAGGAAUAUAUUUCAACCCCAACGACAAAAGUCUGUCAAAGCUACGCGACAGAUCAACCUUGGGCCCUCUGCUUUCCAGCGGUCAUUUACUAUCAUGCAAGGCCAGACGCUACCUCAAACCGUCGAAGAACAUCAGAGAUUUCAGCUCGCGCGACGAGCCUUUUUGCGUCAUUCUUUCAAUCGCCUAGACUUCUUAGCUGUUGUCGCAUUCUGGAUAUCCUUCGCUCUCAGUAUCACAGGCAUUGAGAGCCAAAAACACCUUUACGUGUUCCGCAUGAUCAGCUGCUUGCGGAUUCUGAGGUUACUUGCUCUUACAAACGGCACAGCUAUCAUCCUGAGAAGUUUAAAAAAGGCGGCGCCGCUGCUCGUUCGCGUGGCCUUCCUCAUAGCCUUCUUCUGGAUCUUGUUUGCCAUUAUUGGUGUGCAGAGUUUCAAAGCCAGUUUGAGUCGCCAAUGCGUCUGGCUUGACCCAACAGACCCCACGAACAAGACUAAAUCUUUCACCAAUGAUAUGCAAUUCUGCGGUGGAUUCCUCAAUAAUGUUACGGGAGACACCAUGCCCUGGGUACUGGUAGAUAAUGAUGCCGUCUUGGACAACUUCAAGAACGGUAGCAAAGCUGGGAAAGGAUUCAUCUGCCCUAGAGGAUCGAUAUGUUUACAACAGGAAAACCCGUUCAACGGAACUGUCAGCUUCGACAACAUUUUCCAGUCUAUCGAGAUGGUUUUCGUGAUCAUCAGCUCGAACACAUUCACCGACAUCAUGUACUACACAACCAACUCGGACUAUCUUCCCGCGGCACUGUUCUUUGGGGCAGGUAUCAUGAUACUCAUGUUGUGGCUCGUAAACUUGCUCAUUGCUGUCAUUACGUCUUCCUUCCAAGUCAUUCGGGAGGAGAGCAAGGCGAGCGCUUUCACUACGGAAGAGGAGCCACUGGUUCAAGAGCCAGUUGAAGAGGCACCACAGAAGGUUUCGGCACUGCGAAAGAUCUACGAUCAAACUUCUUUCUUGUGGAUAGCAGUCAUCGCUUUCGGUCUGCUGGCUCAGUGUUUUCGAAGCUCUCGGAUGUCAGACAGUCGCGGUCGGUUCAUUGAUGCCGUCGAGGUUGUCGUCACAAUCAUUCUGGAUUUCGAGAUUGCCGUACGCAUUGCCGCCGGUUGGCGCACUUUCCACAAAUGCCGACGCAACAUUAUCGACCUAGGCCUAGCUGUUAUCACGAGCAUUAUUCUCAUUCCCCCAAUCCGUAACUCGGGAGAACCUUAUGCCUGGUUGACCGUUUUCCAAAUCUUGCGGGUGUAUCGAUUGGUUCUAGCGGUGCCGAUGACGAGAAAGCUCAUCGUAAUGGUCUUGGGAAACUCCAACGGUAUUGCCAACCUGAUGCUUUUCGUCUUUCUCAUCACAUUUCUCAUGUCCAUCCUGGCGGCUCAACUAUUCAGGGGCGAGAUACCGAAGCACAGCGAUGACGGCGACCUCAACGAAGUCUCGUUUUUCACCAUUUACAAUUCGUUCCUCGGCAUGUAUCAAAUCCUGUCGAGUGAGAACUGGACAUCCAUGCUUUACAACGUCACAUCGUAUUUGAACGCUUACAAUACUGGCUGGAUUGGGGCGAUCUUUCUUAUCGGGUGGUUCAUCCUCGCGUUUCUAAUUCUCGUCAACAUGUUCAUUGCUGUCAUCCAGGAAAAUUUUGAUGUGUCUGAAGACGAGAAGCGGCUCGAGCAGGUCAAAGCUUUCUUGCAGAGGAAAGAACUUGGCAAGUCCUCAAGCAACCUGACGUUGUCGAACAUCUUCACCUUUGGCAAGGUGAAGCGGAAAAAGGAUCCCCUCGACUACGGUCCGGCAAUGAUGGAAAUGUUGCUAAAGGAUGCUGUCGUGCAUGAAUUUCUCGACGACUCCGUGGAGGGCCAGCAUGAUAGUCAUGUCGAGGAGCAGCAGUCUCCCACGCGAGCCCAAACUGUCGCUGUCGGUGACGUGAAACCUGGCGUCAUGUCAUCCGUAUGGGGCAAGAUGACCUCCAUUUUCAGCAGCAAGGAUCCGAACCCAUUCUACUCGAAUAUCCGUUUCGAUGGGCCAAAUGAUACCCUCGAUCCGCGUCAGAUGGCGCGACAAGCAGUUUCCGCCACCUCUGCCCGGAGGAAGGCGCAGCGGGAGUACCUAGCGAGGCACCCAAAUUACAACAACUCCUUGUUCAUUUUCACUCCCAAAAACCCCAUUCGCCGUUUCUGUCAAAGGAUCGUUGGGCCAGGGAGAGGGAACGAGCGAUUCGAUGGUGUCGAGCCCAAUAAGAUCGCUUGGUAUGCCUCGUCUGCCUUCAUCUAUGCUUGUAUCGUUGCAAUGGUUGUGAUUGCAUGCGUUACGACGCCACUCUAUCAGAAGCAGUACCAAGCAGAACAUCCUGAAUUCAGCAUCACCUUCUGGUAUGUGUGGACAGACACGGCGUUCGCUGUCGUAUUUUCUAUCGAAGCUGUUAUUAAAGUAAUCGCCGACGGCUUUUUCUUUACGCCAAAUGCGUACUACCGUAGCUCUUGGGGCUUCAUCGACGGAAUUGUACUCGUCACCUUGCUCGUCAACGUUGGCACGUUACUCGCCAACGACGGUGCCGUGUCUAGAGCGAUUGGUGCCUUCAAGGCAUUACGUGCCCUGCGCUUACUCAAUGCCGCAUUCGUGUCAAUCUCCCUGUUGAUCCCCUUCGCCAUCUACGGGCUGAAUCUAUUCAACGGACAGAUGGUUUCGUGCAACGAUGGCGAUGAUUCGAUCGUUCUUUUAUCAGACUGUUUUGGUGAAUUCAACAACACGCCGUUCAACGACGACUGGCCAAUGCUCGCCCCUAGAGUCCCAUCCAACAGCUACUUCAGCUUCGAUGAUUUUGCGUCUUCUCUAUUUGUGCUUUUCCAGAUUGUCAGCCAAGAAGGCUGGACCGACGUUUCCUUCGCCUCACAGGCGGUGGUUGGGCGCGGGUAUCAACCACAGGAACUCAACCGACAAGGCAACGCCAUGUUCUUCGUCGUCUUUAACUUGCUUGCGACCGUAUUCGUGCUGACGCUGUUCAUCUCGGUGUUCAUGCGCAACUACACUGAGCAGACUGGUGUCGCUUUCCUGACUGCCGAGCAACGCUCUUGGCUAGAGUUGCGCAAGCUUUUGCGGCAAAUCUCACCGUCAAAGAGUUCCUACGAUGAGUCAGAGAAGACUUGGAAGAAGUGGUGUCACAAGCGCGCAAUUGAAAAGAGAGGCAAAUGGUACACAGCCGUCACGUACGUCUUGGUCUGCCAUCUUUUGCUCCUGCUCCUCGAAUACCACGGCGAACCGGCCUGGUGGACCGAUUCCAGAGAUGGGUUGUUCUUGGCAUUCACAUUAGUCUACAUGGCUAAUAUUGCCAUUCGUAUCAUCGGUCUUGGCUGGGCUCGCUUCCGCAGGAGUUCGUGGGAUCUCUAUUCCCUGGUGGUCGUCACGGGGGCUUUCGUUUCCACGUCAGUCCUCAUCAUCAGCAGGAACAGUGAUACAUAUGUUCAAUUGCACAAAUUCUUCCUGGUCGCCAUCCUACUGCUUCUCAUCCCUCGAAACGACGCCCUGGACCAACUUUUCAAAACGGCCGCUGCCAGUUUGACCACCAUUGGUAAUCUACUUGCUACAUGGCUCGUUUUCUUCCUAGUAUUUGCCAUUGCUCUCACGCAGGCUUUCAGUCUGACUCGCUUUGGGGAGAAUGAAGAGAGUAACAUAAACUUUCGCAGUGUACCCAAUGCUCUCAUUCUUAUCUUCCGAAUGAGCUUCGGGGAAGGCUGGAAUCAAGUUAUGGAAGACUACGCUAACAUUGAACCGCCACUGUGCGUGGAUAAUCCCGACUUUUUCGACAGCGAUUGUGGCAGUAAACCAUGGGCUCGCUUCUUGUUCGUGGCAUGGAACAUCCUCAGCAUGUACAUCUUUGUCAACCUCUUCGUAUCCCUUAUCUACGAGAGCUUCAGUUAUGUGUAUCAGAGGUCCAGCGGACUUGCUGCCGUUGAUCGCGACGAGAUUCGCCGUUUCAAAGAGGCAUGGCGGAGUGUCGAUCCUGCCGGUACCGGAUUCAUCAGCAAAGACGCUUUUCCUCGUCUCCUAGGCGAACUCUCUGGUGUAUUUGAGAUGCGCAUCUACGAUGCCGAUGACUCGGUCAGACAAAUUCUGGAGGAUGUACGCAACGACGCCGCAACCUCCGGAGCACGACACAUGUCAAUCGCCUCAGCAAGCAACUACAGUGCAGGGGUCGAUAUUCAGCGGCUGAACAGACGUUUGGCCCAGAUCGAUAUCAACAAAGUGCGUGAACGGCGCCGUCGGUUCAACAUAUUCUUCGAGGAGGUUAUGGUCUCGGCAGAUCCUGACAAGGGCAUUUCCUUUACGUCUGUUCUAAUGAUUCUGGCCCACUACAACAUUAUCAAUGACAGCAAGAGCUUGAAGCUGGAAGAGUUCCUUCGUCGGCGAGCCCGAUUGCAGCGUGUCGAGGAAGAAGUUCGUCGAAGAAUUGUCCUGGGAUUCUUCGACACCCUCUACUGGACGCGGAAGUUCAAGAAGCAUGUCGACCUGAGGAAAUCGGCCAGAAUGACAGCGAUUCCUCAGCUCGAUAUCCCUCACAUCCUUGUGGAUGACGACGAGCACCGGCAAAAGUCCUCUCCUGUAGCUGGAACUGGUCAAAUGAGUCCUGUCAGCCCAGCACAGGUCAGCAACAUGCUGGACGAUUCUAUCUGGCUGGAGAGUAUUCGACGCAGCGCAACGGUCAGGAAAUCGGUCCGCAAGUCUGAGUGGAACCGGUGA